AUGAACGACGAAAGGUUCGAACCUAGACGCGUUGAAGAAAAGAUACUAGCCAGGGAAGUUGAUCACGGAAUAGAGGCGGUAUCGCCGCAAUACGUUCCGGAUCAUGUUCAACAUGACGCUGGGCACGCCUACUGUUUCCAACCACAAUAUCAGCAUCCACCGCCGGAAAAGAAGAUAUGCGGUCUAAGGCGCUCAACAUUCAUCCUUGCGGUCAUCCUAGCGAUAGUGAUCAUCGGAGGAUCUAUCGGCGGAGGCGUUGGUGGUUCAUUGGCGGUCGCUGAAGCUAGGAAACGAGCCCAAGAAGAAGCACAAUCAACACCUGUCGCAACAGGGGCUACGACGGCCACAGCGACAAGUUCUUACCCCUCAGUACCGACGACGGCCACAGCGACAAGUCCUCACCCCUCAGUACCGACGACAGGUGUGCUGGCACUCGACUGCCCAAGACUUACAGGCACAACGUCCUCGGUGAUUGUUGGAGAUGAGACGUUCCAUUUUGACCUGAAUUGUGGGGUGGACAACAACGGAUCGAACCUCGACAUCGUCGCCCUCGUAGCAUACUCUCUUGACGACUGUCUGUUGGCGUGUGCCUCGCACAAAUCGAAAGGCGGCUCUAAUGCUUGCGCCGGCGUUCAGUUCCACGCCGACCUCACCGAUCUCGUGCAGAGAUUCUCGGGAAACUGUUUCCUGAAGAAGAGCAAGGGCACGGCUGUGAACGCCACCGACUCAGUCUCCCAUCCCAACCGUGAUUACGAGGACGCUCCCUUUUGCCCUGCCAGAAUGGCGUUGCUCGGCAUGGUGCCCCGAAUGAGGCUUGCCCUGCCAGGCCACCCAUCAGCCAUCAACAACAUCACCGGUGGCGGAUAUUACUCCGAGGUGGAAGUGGGCACGCCAGGCCAAAAAGCGUUGCUACAUCUUGAUACGGGUAGCAGUGACACAUGGAUUAUCGACAAGCAGGCUGAUCUCUGCACGAGUCGGUCCAUGCAAAGAACAUAUGGCACCGGCUGUUCAACAACCUUUGACACGGACAAGAGCUCGACUUACAAGCUCGUCACGAGAAAUGGCUUCGACAUAACUUACUUGGACAGCCGAAAUAUCCAGGGCGACUACAUUUCCGAUACGGUGGUCAUCAAUGGAAAGAAGGUGUCAAACCAGCAGUUGGGAUUGGCGAUACGGACGGUGAAAGGGACAGGUUUGAUGGGCCUGGGCUUCACAAAGAACGUGGCCACACGGCGCUCCUAUCCGACCAUUCUCGACAACAUGGUGUCGCAGAAGGUCAUUGGUCGCAAAGCCUUCAGUCUCUGGCUGAAUGACCUGACUUCAUCAGAAGGAACGCUGCUCUUCGGAGGAAUCGACACGGAAAAGUUCAUUGGGUCGCUCACAACGCUGCCUCUCGUCAACGAUUACCACUCCGGUCAAAUGACCAGCUACAGCGUGGCUAUGACCGGAGUAUCCGUCGAGAGCCCAGACGAGAAGAAGCUGGAGUUGGCGACCAACACCUUCAAUGCUUCGACCGUACUCGAUUCUGGAUCCACGGUGUGCCUGCUCCCAGACAGUCUGACCAAACAGAUCUGGGCCAAGUACGACGUUUUCGACGCGGGCUACGGCUUCGUGGACUGCAAGUGGAGAGGGCCGCUCGGCGCCGACCACUUUGUCGACUUCCAAUUUGACGGUGUCAAGAUUCGAGUCCCGUUGGAAGAGAUGGUUCUUGACAACCUCGGCCCCAUCAUGGAUGAGAUCGGGGGUUUGCUCCCGUUCACCAACCCCUGCAUGUUCGGCAUUCAGAGCGGCGCGACCUUUGACGUCACAAGCAGCAGAUUCGCCCUCUUGGGCGACACGUUCCUGCGAAGCGCAUAUGUGGUGUAUGACGAGACCAAUCACCUGGUCGGUAUUGCACAGGCAAACCUGAACACUACCCGUUCAAACAUCAUCGAGCUACGCGCAGGUGAGACCACCCUGCCGAAGGCGACUGGCGUUGCGAGCCAAGUAACGUCACCGGCUCCGACGCCGACUCGGACGGUUGGCGGAGGCCUCAAACCUGGUGAAACAGAAACAGCAGGAACAACAGCAGCUUCUGUCACGCCGACAGCAAGCGAAUCCUCAAAUGCUGCGGCCCGACAUGGCGCGGCGCCUCUGGGGAUGGAGGGGUUCAUCAUGAUGGCACUUACAUCUAUAUUUGCUGUCGUUGGCGCAGUCUUUAUGGCUGCCUGA